UCUUCCUCUCGCGAUAGUAACUUGCUUAUGCAGCCGCCAUAUUCUGUGACAGUAUUUUGAUUCGUAUCUGCUGGAAGUGAGGAAAAAGAGAAAAGUGAAGGGCUGUCGAGGGGAGGGGGGGGGCUGAAGAAGAGGAGCUGUCAAAAAGUUAUUCCCGAGUCUCUGUCAAACGGCGGAGUGCUAAAGCUCCCUCCCCUAACGCUAUUUCGAGGACACACAAGGCCCGGGGCCUCGGUGCAGUUAGCUCUACGUCUCCCUGGUAGUAGCUGGACUCCUCUCGGCUUCUCCUGUCCCAGCUCCGCGGCCCUCUGGAGGUCCGGCGGCGGUCUCGGGUGUUGAAGGCGGCCCGGGGAGCGGCGGCGGCAGCAGAGACGGAAAGAAGAUGUUCAAGAUGAAGUCGGUUUGCUGCCACGACUGACGCCCCAGUGCGCUGAACAGAACAAGCAGUCCUGACCUGGCAACAUACGAAUGGCCCAGGGAAGCCACCAGAUUGACAUUCAGGUUUUGCAUGACCUGCGCCAGAAGUUCCCUGAAGUCCCAGAGGGUGUUGUCUCCCAGUGUGUUCUGCAGAACAACAACAAUUUAGACGCCUGCUGUCAAUACUUGUCCCAGGUCAGUCCGGGCUACCUGUACAGUGAAGAAGGAAACCUCGGCUUCUCUGACGACCCUAGCUUCAUCAGGUUUCGUAAUCACAUGACCCAGCUGAACCUGGGCCUGCAGUCUCAGAAUGUGCAUGUGGCCCCGGGCCGGGACGGCCUGAGAAUGAACGGCAGUCGCACUCUGGCCCACAGCCUGAGUGACGGGCCCCUCCAGACAGGCCAGACCCCCAACAGUGACUUCUUUCAGCAGGAGCCCCAGUCAGCCCCAGUGCAGUUGCCCUCCAGCAUCAAUGUGUCUGGUGUGAUGGAGCCCACAAGCAAACCGAAGCCUCCACAGCACCUUGGACUCUACCCUCUGGGUGUCAAAGGAGCAUCUAUGGGUGUCCAGCAGACGCCACGCUUCAACCCCAUUACCGUGACGCUAGCCCCCCAGAAAGGCCGCAACACUCCCACUUCUUUGCACAUACACGGCGGUCCACAAUCGGGCCUCAGCAGUCCACAGGGUAACUCUAUUUACAUCAGGCCCUAUGUUAGCCAGUCUGGUACGACCCGGCAGAACCAGCAGCAGGGAGGCAGGGCCCAGUACAGCCCCACCUCCCAGCCCCAGCAGCAGAUCUACCAGAUUUCACACCCCUCUUCCAUGUCCGGCUCCUGGUCCGGCCCUCAGCACGCCUCCUCCUCACAUACCUCACAGCACCAGACCCAGGGCCACCAGACCUCUCACGUCUACAUGCCAAUCAGCUCCCCCACAAAUCCCCAGGCGCCCUCCAUUCUUCCCACUGGAAGCCAGGCCUCGUCCUCCGGUGUCUCCUCAUGCUCUUCUUCCUCUUCCUCCUCCUCUGUCAUGCCCACCUCCCUGUCUACCAUCAGCCAGUACAACAUCCAGAACAUCUCCACUGGCCCACGGAAGAAUCAGAUAGAGAUCAAACUUGAAUCUCCUCAGAGGAGCAACUCCACAACCACAACUGCCGUGUUGCGGACGAGCAGUGGGCCCCGGUCCUCCUCCACCUCCUCCUCCUGCCCUGCCUCUUCCUCCUCUUCAACUGGGGUGGCUACUGUCCCCACCACCCCCCUCUCCAUCGGAGGCCCAGGUCUGAGCCGCAGCCAGCCCACUGUUUACAUCUCUGCCAGCCCGCCUAAUGCUGCUACCGCUCCCUCUGAGGAGGCUAUCGUGGCCUCAGCCGGCUCCCGCUCCCAACCUAAGUUUUACAUUUCGGCCAAUGCCUCCAGCGAUGACAGUGGGGGAAGGAACCCUCCCACAGUCUACAUCUCAGCCAACCCUCCUUUACAGGGGUCCUCAGGGGCCAGGAACAUGGGGGGCCAAGUGAGCAUGGGCCCCGCCUACAUCCACCACCAUCCACCUAAGUCCCGUGCCUCUUUAGGAGGGGGAGGCACAGCUUCUUCCCCACGUGUGGUGGUGACUCAGCCCAACACCAAAUACACUUUUAAAAUCACAGUGUCCCCCAAUAAGCCCCCAGCUGUGUCCCCCGGAGUUGUGUCCCCUACUUUUGAUCCCAAAAACCUCCUCAGCCUACCCUCAGACCACCACUAUGUGGAGCCAGACCCCCUCCAUCUCUCAGACCCGCUGUCACCACAUAAGGAGAGACCGAGUGAGCCUCGCAGACUCAGCAUGGGCUCUGAUGAUGCAGCGUACACACAAGCGUUGUUGGUCCAUCAGAAGGCCCGCAUGGAGAGGCUAUGGCACGAGCUGGAGCUGAAGAAGAAGAAGCUGGAGGAGCUAAAAGAGGAGGUCAACGAGAUGGAAAACGACCUGACCAGGAGACGGCUGGAGAGAUCCAACUCAGCCUCCCAAAUUCCUUCUAUUGAGGAAAUGAAGCAGCUGCGAUGCAAAAACAGGUUACUGCAGAUCGACAUUGACUGCCUCACCAAAGAAAUUGAUCUCCUUCAAACAAGAGGACCACACUUUAAUCCCAGUGCAAUCCAUAAUUUUUAUGACAACAUUGGAUUCCUCGGUCCUGUCCCACCCAAACCCAAAGGUACUUUAUCUAUUGACAGGAGAGGAUGUAGAUAUAAUGUGACCUCUGAGCUCAUGAUGGAGCCCUCCUCUGGUCCUUCCCCUCCUCUCCCACUCGACUCGGGCAGUAAGAUUGUGAAGCCCAUCGCAGACCAGGAGGAGGACGAGGGGACGCAGUGGAGCUGCACCGCCUGCACCUUCCUCAACCAUCCCGCCCUCAACCGCUGUGAACAGUGCGAGUUCCCGCGGCACUUCUGAGCCAACGAGGCCGCCGCGCGCCGCCUGUCUUCUACCAGACCAGAAUAGCAAAGGGCCUUUCUGUUUCUUCUUUUUCGGUCGUUGUAUGAAAACUCGGACGGGGGGGGGGGGGGGGGGGAGUGGGGGGGCGUCGUCAUCACGCGUCCUGUUUUUUUCUUUUUUUUUCUUUUCUCCUCUCUAAGGUUUGUAGGACGCUGUCCACGGAAGGCUUGACUGGAUAGCGUUUACAGCUUGUGUUUUUCAUAAACGGCUGGCAGAGUGGGAUGAUACCUCACCUUAGAGACUCGGAUGGCGGGGGGGGGUCAAUCGACGGGUGACACUUUACCCCCGGGGAUACCUCGCUGCUCCCACUUACAGUAUUACGAGUGUGGCCCUGCAGUGUGACGGCGCACAUAUACACACACACACACACACACACACACCUACAUACACACACACAACCCAGGUGCCAACGUGCCUUUUUUGCUGAUGACAUUUAGUUUUUUGGUUUUAUUUCCUGUGCGGUGGCAUGGUCACGGGAUUGGGAACUGUGUUCAGCCACUGCUCUCCAUCUGAAGGGAAACUAACGGACUAAUCGUGGACUUUAAAGUUUGUUUGCUGUUUCUAGAGGAUGUCAAAGGGGGACCACUCAAACGUGCCUCUUGUCCCCUCACCUUUUCUCUUCAGUCAUGUUAAUGAAAAAAAAAAAAAGAAAAAAGAAACUACGUUGCAUGCUUUGUGUACAGUACACGGAGGCAGAACUCCCCUUGAGCUUUUUACUGUACAUACUUUUAGAAUGUGCCUUGAAAGCCGUCUUCCUCACACUAUGAAUCACUUGUAUUUCCUGUAAGUAUAGCUUUAUAGACUUGAUUAACUAUUUUUUGUUUUGUUUCCCUCUUUCAAACAAAUAAGCACCGUGCUCCCUUUUUUAAAGCUUUUGACUUGAUUUCUGUGAGAGUUGAAGCCUUGCAGAAGGAGAGCAGCAGAGCAGUCACUAUGAAGCUACGUCUGCCCGCUCUGCUCACCGCUCCGUGUCAUCGCUGGGUUUCCUGCGCACCGUCUGCAGAUGCAGCGAAGAGGAAUGGCGAUGGCGGAGUCUUAUUGUUUUUUUCUUCUUCUUUAUUUUUCAGGAUGCCAAAAAAAAAAAUGUCGGGACUAUCGGGGGAGGGAAGGGGUUUAAAAACAAAAAAGCAAAAAUUGACAAACUGCCAUCUUAUCUGACAACUGGAAUGUAGGUUUAAUGUUUUGGGGGACGACGACAACCUCAGUGCAAAGAGACUUUUCCAGUUCAGUCAGGACGAUCCUGGAACAGCUGAUUGGGUUCAAAGUUCCCAUGUUGCUGUGCGCCUGAAUUGGGUUUUUCGUGAGGUAACAAAGUGAAUAUGUUUGUGUUUAAAGUAUUCCUAUGAUGUAGAAAUAUUCCUAUGGGUCGCAAAAAACAUGACUGUCCACUUUGUAUACUCUUAUUUUUAUUUGGCUCAUUUCAUCCUCCUAAGCUUUUAUUGAUGAGGGUGUCUCUAAAGUUUACUUCUUGUGAUUAACUUACCUUAACUGUGGAGUAGUUUCUUUGUUUAGUUUGUUUCCACACUUGUGAAAUGUUGCCUUGCAUCAUCCGUGCCUUUUAGAACUAUUGAAUUUGUAUUGAUACUCUAUUCUGUCACAUCCAAGUGCCAUUUUUAAAAGCCUAAAAUUUGGUAUUGUUUAAACCCAUUUAAAAAUGAAUUAUUGUCUCUUAAGCACUUACGCCAUACUUUUUUUUUUUUUUUUUUCCAAUCCAAAGAAAUCCGUUUUCAGCUUGAUCUGCACCUUGGUGUGAAGAGGCAGUUUAUUCAUGUUUUAUUAAAUGGAAACAAAAUAAUUUGGAUAUCUAAAGUGUUUUUUUGAUUUUAGCUGGGAAAACUGUCUUUGUAACAGAUAAGUUAUUUGUAAAAAUAAUUAAAAAAAAAUCUAUUCAGA